AUGAAUCUGCUACUCUCCGACGACUACCUGCUCCAGGACUACCCCGAGAACAUCACCAACACCAUCCGAUCCGGCCACACGACAUGUCUGCGCUUCAACCGCAAGGGCGACCACCUCGCCUCGGGGCGCGUGGACGGCACCGUUGUCGUGUGGGACCUGGAGACGAUGGGUGUCGCGCGCAAGCUGAGGGGCCAUAGGUCGGCCAUCACUUCGUUGAGCUGGUCGCGGUGCGGACAGUACCUGCUCUCCGCCUGCCAGGGCUGGAGGGCGGUGCUAUGGGACCUGCAGCAUGGGACGAGGUUUAGAGAGGUGCGCUUUCGGGCGCCUAUCUACACAGCCGAGUUGCAUCCCUGGAAUCAUAAACUGUUCGUCGCUUCCAUCUUUGACGAACCCCCGUCGCUGGUUGACUUCAGCGGCUCGGGCGACAUCAAGCACACCCUACCCUCGGCGCCGAAACGAACGAACGCCGAUGCCGACGCAGCGACAAAGGAGAAGCAGGCAAAAGAGGACGCGAAGCAGAUGACGACAGCGACGUUAUGGACUGUCACCGGGGACCACAUACUUGCCGGCACGAACAAGGGUCGGAUCAACAUCAUAGACGCCAACACCCGCGAAAUCAUAUGGUCUGAGAAGAUAUGCAGCUCGGUAGUGACGACAUUACGGUUGACUGGGUCAGGAAGAGAACUACUGGUUAAUUCCCAGGAUCGCAUUAUCCGGACAUUCCAUGUGCCCAACCUAUCGGCAGAGAACCUCGACCUGGAUACGAUACAGAUGCCACUAGAGCACAAGUUCCAGGACGUGGUCAACAGACUCUCCUGGAACCAUGUCACAUUCAGCGCGACAGGGGAAUAUGUAGCAGCAUCCACAUAUAACAAUCACGAGCUAUACAUAUGGGAGCGGAAUCACGGUAGUCUGGUCAGGAUGCUGGAAGGGCCCAAAGAGGAGCAAGGCGUCAUCGAGUGGCAUCCACAUCGAGCGGUGCUGGCUGCCUGCGGGCUAGAAACAGGCCGCAUCUACAUCUGGUCAGUGACAAGCCCACAGCGGUGGUCGGCCUUGGCACCCGACUUCGUGGAGGUCGAGGAGAACGUGGAGUAUAUAGAGAGGGAGGACGAGUUCGACAUUCAUCCGCAGGAGGAGAUCAACAAGCGCCGGCUAGAUCUGGAGGACGAGGACAUCGAUGUGCUGACUCUGGACCCGAGCAAAGGGUAUGAUGAGGACAUCGAGGGCACGGGUUUUCAAAUGCCGGUGUUGUACAACCUGGGCGAAAGCGACAGCGAGGAGGAGUUCGUUGCGGUAUCGACAGGCACGGUCAGACGGAGAAGCAUGGGCCAGGAGGGCGAGGUUCCAGUCGAGGAAGAGAAGACCGUUGCGGCCAAAAAGGCACCUGGUAGAGCAGGGGGUAAGAAGAAGUGA